CUGUACAGGUAUCACAACGGGGUGGUGGCGCAGUUGGCUAGCGCGUAGGUCUCAUAGCUAUUUGAGUGAUCCUGAGGUCGAGAGUUCGAGCCUCUCUCACCCCAAAUCUAUUUGGCCGAACCGAUGAUGAAAUGCUCAGUGACACAUGGGUCGUCACGACUUGUCAUCCUCGCAGAUGAAUACGAGCACCUCUGAGUUUCGCCCAAUUUUUUUUUUCUCCUUUUCCCCCCCUCCGGCCUCGCAGCUCGUAGACAAACUGGUCCGUUGAUUUCUGAUCCAGCGAGCGUUGCCAAUUUCCAAUCGCAGAGGACGUUGCCAAUCCGUCGCCGUCGCGGACUCGCAGCUGCCCGCAGCGAUGCCGCUGCCGCCGCUGCUGCACCCUCCACUGUCGCUGCGCCUUCACCUUCUCCUCCGCUCCCAAUCCCUAACCCCUCUCCUCAGGCGAGGAUCCAGCUGCGAUGCGCCGCCCCUUUGCGGGACCAGGAGGUACAUCUCCGUUCGCGCCUCCGUUGCACAGCUCGGCGCCGCGGGCGUCGGCACGGCGCAGCCACCUGAACUUGGGGUGGAGGAGGCGGUGGUGGGCUUCGUCGCCGGUAAGAGGAAGGCCACCGAGGUAGCCCACGCGGUGUGGAGAAAUAUUGUUCAAAAAGGGGAUACGGUGGUUGAUGCCACAUGCGGGAAUGGCAAUGACACGCUCGCUCUGCUUAAGAUGGUGGCUGAUGAAACAGCGCAAGGACGUGUUUAUGGGAUGGACAUUCAAGAUUCCGCAAUAGAGAGUACUUCCUCUUUUCUGAAAAUGUCCGUGGAUGAUGACCAUCAGCGAGGACUAGUAAAACUAUUUCCUAUAUGUCAUAGUAGAAUGGAAGAAAUUGUUCCCAAAGAUGCUCCUGUCAGGCUUGUUGCUUUCAACUUGGGAUACCUUCCAGGAGGAGAUAAAACUGUAAUCACAGUGCCUAGGACAACUGAGCUAGCAUUGCAAGCUGCCAGCAAACUUCUCAGUUCUGGGGGACUCAUAAGUGUUCUUGUCUACAUUGGGCAUCCAGGUGGAAGGGAUGAACUCGAUGUUGUUGAAUCAUUUGCAUCAAGCCUUCCUGUGGACACCUGGGCGACCUGCAAACUUCAAAUGCUCAAUAGGCCAAUUGCUCCAGUACUCAUACUUCUGAACAAGAAAUGAUGACAGUUUUGAUAGACACAGUGAUGGGAUUUUUGGGCAUUGAUUGAGUUUUUAGGCCUUGUUUAGUUGGGGAAAAAAUUUGGGUUUGGCUACUGUAACACUUUCGUUUGUAUUUGACAAUUGUUGUCCAAUCAUGGACUAACUUAGAUCAAAAGAUUCGUCUCGCAAAUUAUAGGUAAACUGUGC